ACCGCCCCCUCCCCUCCGCGCCCUCCUUUGUUUUUAAUUGGAAACAUCCUCCUUUUUCUCUCUCCUUUGCCGCCCCCGCUUCCCGCUCCUGCGUGGAUCAGCUCAGCGCCGAGGCCGGGCGUCGCGGGAGCCGAGCCGACGGCGGGCCGGGCGGAUUAAUUGGAAUUCUUCAAAAUGUCAGGUGUGGUACCCACAGCCCCUGAGCAACCUGCAGAUGAAGUGGAAAAUCACAUAAAGUUGCCUGAUGACCCUCCUGACUACAAUUCCCACUUUGUACCGGGGCCCCCUGGAACAGCUGUCCCUCCACCUGCUGGCUACCCAGGAGGCUUGCCUAUGGGAUACUACAGUCCACAACAGCCGAGUACCUUCCCCUUGUGCCAGCCAACUGGUGGUACCCAUCCUAUCCAGUACCAGCCUGGCAAAUAUCCAAUGCCAGUUCAAUCUGCUCCAAUAACAUGGAUGCCAGGGCCAACUCUAAUGCCAGGCUGCCCUCCUGGUCUGGAAUACUUAACCCAGCUGGACAACAUACAUGUUCUUCAGCAUUUUGAACCUCUGGAAAUGAUGACAUGUUUUGAAACUAAUAAUAAAUACGAUAUUAAAAAUAACCUGGACCAGAUGAUUUACACUGUAACUGAAGAUACAGACGACUUUACCAGGAAUGCUUAUCGGACACUGCGGCCCUUUGUCCUCCGGGUCACUGACUAUAUGGGCCGCGAAAUCAUGACAAUGCAGAGACCGUUCAGAUGCACCUGCUGUUGCUUCUGUUGUCCCUCCACCAGGCAAGAGCUGGAGGUGCAGUGUCCUCCCGGUGUCACCAUUGGCUUUGUCUUGGAGCACUGGAACCUGUGCAGGGCGGUUUACAGCAUCCAAAAUGCGAAGAAAGAAAACAUGAUGCAUGUGCGUGGGCCGUGUUCAACCUAUGGCUGUGGUUCAGAUUCUGUUUUUGAGGUCACCUCCCUCGACGGCGUGUCUGACAUCGGCAGCAUCAUCAGGAAGUGGAACGGCUUGAUGUCAGGCAUGGGCAAUGCUGACCACUUUGACAUUCGCUUCCCCUUAGACCUGGACGUGAAGAUGAAAGCCAUGAUUUUUGGAGCGUGCUUCCUCAUCGACUUCAUGUAUUUUGAAAGAUCUCCAGUACAACAUUCAUCAAGAUAAAUGGACACAGCAAAUCAGGAAGUAUGGUUAAAAAGUUUAGAAAAGUUGGGUUGGGCUUACAGUCAACCCUCAAUUGUUUGCAAAUACAUUUAUCUGCUUUUACAGAUUAUUUUUAUUGGUGUUAGUUUUGACGGGUAGGCUGAGAAAGUAAGAACACAAUCUGAUGUCUGUUUCAAUUGACUGUCUAUUUGUCUAUUUCUUAGACUAGGAAAAAGCUAUGACUUUCAGUCAUGCUGAAAAACCUAUGACUCAUUAACCAAAUAAAUAUAGAUACAAUGAGCUUGAAAACACUUUAGCAUGAGAUGGGGAAAAUGAAUCCCAGAGCUCUCAUAACAGGUAACGUCCAUCAACAUACUGUUACCGAAGACAAAUUUGAUUUGAGGUAAAAAGAAUGAUAUUCUUCAUUUUUAAAAACAAAAGAAAGGCGGACCAAAAUACUAUGUUUUAUGGUACAGAAAAUUUCACUUGUGUACAUGUAUCAAAGCCUCAUUUUGUAAAAUUCAUAAAAGUUUGAAUGGACAACGUGAUUGUGUUACAAAAGUUUUUUUAUUGUAAGGUUUAUGUUUUCCAUGCCUGUUCCUUUAUUCGCUAGUAUGGACAAUCAGGCGCUGCCUUAUAUGAAGACAAGGUCCGACUGUCAAGAAGAGAGGUGACCAAGGCCAUGGUCAUUCUAGAUCUUUUAGCAACUUAGAGACAUCAGUGCCCUUACAAACAGCUUACAUUUAAUACAUUUAACCUCGCUUGGUCACAGAUGCCUUAUGUAUAAAAUAUGUUUGGCCAAAUCUCUGAGAUUGCCUGUUGAAACUUUGUAUCUCGUUUGAUGUGACACUGAGAAGAUAACUGUUUUUUUCUUUCAAGAAGAUCCCUGAUAUUCCCUGUGGUGUUUUAAUUGCAAGAGUUGCAAUUUUGUUUUCAAAUUUUGAAAUGUGACAGUCUGUGUGGCACUUUGUAAAAGCCCAAACUAUAAAUUCUGAUACUGCUUAAUAUUGCUUUGCUGCUUUUUAAAUAAAUCUGUAUUUGUGCAAAGAAAAUAAUAAAACAGUAAACAUGCUCCUUAUCUGGGAUCUAUAGCUUAUUAGUACAGAUUGUAUAGGAUCAACGUAGUUAAGGUAUAAAUUGUACUUGUUUGCAUUGGAUCAACGUAGUUAAAAGUAUAAAUUGUACUUGUUUGUAUUGGAUCAACGUAGUUCAAGUAUAAAUUGUACUUGUUUGUAUUAACUAAUUAACAGCAUAAUGUGUUAGUGAAUGCACUCUGAUCAAUCUACAGUUGCUUCUGUGCACUUUAGCUUCCUGUCAGAACGUGGACUGUGUUCUUUCAACACAGUACAGAGGAUGGAAUGUAUUCUUCUGCUCCAUGUUAAGUAAACAUGGAGUGUUAAAUAAACAUGAGUGUUCUUAGAUUUGUUUAUUCUGAGAUGAGGGCCCUUACCCACAGUUCUUAUUGAAAUGAAAGAAAGGUGCCUCACUUUUUAAUUAUAUUCAUCUUUUCAUGGCAAAAGUUGUUUUACUCAGUUUCUUAUAAUGUUCAUUUUUAUGCGUGACUACUAGCUUUUUAAGACAAAUGUAAAAGCUGCUGCUUUCUAAAAUACUAAUUACCUUAUAUUUGAAAAUGCAGUUGCAGUUUUAGACGUACGCAUUAUUUCUUAUAAUAAUGUCUGACAUUUUCUAUAGAAAAUGAGACAAAUAGUAUUCAGAAAAUUUAUCUAUAUAAACUUUUCAUUUUUGCCUCCAUCUCAUUCCAAGACCUACUGCAUAAUACUAAGAAAAAAUUAUUUUUAACGUAUGACAUUUUAAAUUUCUGUUUAAAGUUUUUGUGGUAUUAACAUGUCUCUUAUAAUUUCUUUUUCUUUAAUAAUACCAUGUGCCAUAUUUUUAUACUACAGUUCGUAUUAUAAGUUCUAUAUUUCUUAAUGGUAUUUCAUUAUGUAAAAUUGAUAAUACUGAUUAAAGAUAUUUUCUGAAAUUUGUGUCUUCAUGCAUCAUCAUAUUGUUUUUGGCUUUUAAAUAAAUAUAAUAUGGCUUACAGUAAAAUAAUAGUUUUUUUUUUACUUAUGAUUGAGUCUUUACUAUAGGCUGAAUGUUUGUAUUUGCCCCAAAGUUUAUGAAUUACCCUAAUGUGAUGGUGGGGUGAUGGUGAGG